AUGGCCAAGUUUUUUGCUUCAUUUCAUUUUCACCUCGUGCUGCUCUCAUUGUGUUCAGUCUGUAUCCUCGACUCGGCAGGCGAAGGAAAUAAUCAAGGCGAGCUUAAAUACUGCGUGGCGAAGCCUUCAACCUCCGACGAAGCUCUGCUCGAAAAUAUCGACUACGUGUGUCGUGAGCAAGGGAUUAAGGGCUGCGAAACCUUCCAAAAAGACUCGAAUCCUUGUUACUCGCCUAACACCCCCGUUAACCACGCCUCGCAGGCCAUGAACCUUUACUAUCAGGCAAAGGGGAGGCACGACUUUAACUGCGAUUUCAAAGACACCGGACUCAUCACGAUAACUCCUCCAAGCUAUGGCGGAUGCUACUACGCAUACAACCAAACUGCAUGA